UAUAACUAAGUCGUAACUGUCACCCUUAGUCAUCUAAAAAUGUCUAAUGUCAAAGAAAAGUUAAUAAAAUCCAAUAGGUACCUACUCUAUACUUUUUUCACAGUUCACUAGCAAGUUAGCAACUAGCAAUGAAAUCAUAAGCUAUAUUAUUAGAUAAUUCGGCUCGAUUAUUAAUUAAUGACUGUAGGAUAUAUCGGCUUAAUUUAAAGGCAAAUAAUCUAGGGCUAUGACAUAACUUACAUUUUUACUUAUUAUUUUUUUUAAUUUUUUCUCGGUAUUAGAACAAUAGGUGAAUUGAUUAAAACUUUAUAAAUGAUUGUUAAGAACUUUACGAUAUACAUAUCUCCCUAGCAACCCAAUUUUCUUCUUGGUUUUUCCUGUUUAAUAAGUGCCAUUGACACUACAUGAUAUUGUUUAUCUUAGAAGUGUAUUGUUAUAUUGGUAUAUGUUAUACGACGCGAUUGGCAUUAACCGGUCAGCUUUCGUGCUGUAUGGUUAAAUGAAAAAACAAUACAAAAGUUUUUCAAAUCAAUUAAACAAAAGUAUUUUGAUUGGUCUGAGAAAAGUUAAUGUAAUUACAUUUAAGUUUUUAAGUAACUUAAACAAUGGAUGACUUCCCAAUUUUUCAAAAUAUUUCUUGGUGCAAACAUGAUUGGAGCCUUCCUAGUAUUACUGACCAAAAUAAAAAAUUACUUCAUCAUUGUACAACUCUACCACUAAUCAAACUCUCGGAUGAUGUGGAAGAAGUCAUAGAAAAUAGUAAAGCCUUCCCAGUUCGAUUUCCGAUAGAAACUGUUAGGUUGGACUAUUUAAAAGCUCUUAGACCAAUAAAAAGGCUGCAAAGGAAUAUUACAUCAACCUAUCCACUCAUACAUGAAAGAAUUCUGAUUCUGAUGGCUAAAUUUUUGAACCACAAAAGAGAAUUUGGAUCUGAUAUUGAGAAGGCUUUUUACGAAGACAUGACGGUGCCUGAGCUCAUAGACAGGAUAUUGAAAAAGAGAGCUCUAUUUUUUGUUGGACCACAUGACAAAUAUGGACUCCUUAAUGGUGAAAAGGGAAGAGGUGGCUGGGAAGAAAUUGGUACAUCAAAGGAAAAACCGCCGCUCGUGCUGGAGAAUUGUUUGAGUUAUGAUGAAAUGAAAAUUUCCUCCAUGGUGUAUGUGAGUGGUUACACCGAAUGCAUCAAUAAUGGUACCAGACGUAAUAAAGGUGUUUUCAGUAAUGAUGCUGAAGAAGAAGCUGUAAUAAUAGGUUUAAUUGGUCCACGCUUCGUUCGCCCUGGUAAGAUGGACUGUGAGGAUAUCCUCAUAACUAAAGAUCAGAACUGUCCAGAGAAUGGGUACGGGGAAAAAAAAGCGGGAAAUGAUUUCAAAAGGUUUAAAGCAGACCCAACUUCACAAUCAAUCCAAACUGCCAAGCAGAAUUUAAGGGAGAUGUGGGCAGAAUUCUAUGAGACAUCCACACCUGUAUACAGCGAAAGUUUCUUUAACGAAAUUAAAAAUAAAACCAAUCAAGAUACAGACAGAUACAAACACGUUGUGAAAGGAAAGAAAGUCAAUGGUAUAUUCGACAAUGAAGUGUAUUACAAGAGGAUCCGUGUGCUCGCCGAAGUGACUCUGAUCGAGGCGGAGUUCAGAGCUAGGGAGAGCGGGAAGAAUGCGUUUGUGAAUGUCAUUGGAUGUGGGCUCGGUAUAUGGAUGAUAUCAAAACAUCAAAAUGAUGCUUACAUUCUGACAUUCUUGGAGAGAAUGAGUACCUUUCUUAAGAAAGACAUGUUGAAUCAUGUCACGGAUGUAAACUUUGGUUACAUCAAAUGCAGUCGUGAUAUUGAAGCUUUAUUUAAAGACAAAAGCGAGAAAGGUGUGAAAAAAACUGUUUCUUAAGAGUAAAACGCAUCCAAAAGGCGGUAUCAGCGUGCAGCUGGAGAACCGCGAGCCGUCGUCGCGUCUGCCGCCCGCGCACGCCGGCAAGCUGCUCGUGCUCACGUACCCGUGGGACAGCAACGCGCAGCCGGGGAACGAGUUCUGGUAUGGUAAGCUUCAUACAUCGGGCGACCCGGCGGCUGCAUGUUCCACACAAGUGUCGGAGCUGCACAACGCGCACGUCAACCCCGCCGUGAGUGCAUCCAACACGCGCGUCUUGGGCAGCCGCGGUCUUAAGACGCUCUCCGAUUACUGUCUCGCUCUAACCGCCUAGGUCAGAGCAAGACAAACAUACCACAACAGACUUACCUCUAUGCUUCACUGUAUAUAUUAUAAAGCUUCAGAAGCUGUUUACACUGAGAAAGUUUAUGUUACGAAACAACUUGUGACAGUGUUAUGUCACUCUAAAAACAUGGUAUUGAGUUAAAUACAACUAUAGUUGAUUUUUAGUUCACUAACAAUGUCCGUCCUACGCCGAGGCUCACCAAAGGUUUCAUCCAUCCAUUUUAAUAAAGGAAAUAUAUUUGUAAUAAUAAUAUAAUAGAUCAUAGAUCAGAUGUUAUUGUUAAAGUGCUCAUAUUCGUAACAUAUGACAAAUAUUAUAUAUUUAUAUGAUAUUUUUAAAAUUUUAACUAAAAAUAUUUAAUUAAGGAAAUCAACUACAAACAAUAUAUAUAUUAAUAAGAAAUGAGAAUUAUUAUUUUUUGUAAUUUAUGUGGUAACUUUGCAAUCUUUAUGACAAGAAAAUUAUAAUAAGAAAUAUAAACUAUAAAUAAUGGCAUCUAUUUUAAAUAGUGAAAUAGUACAUGUACCAAUGUUCGAGAUUAUUCAAUAUCACGGCAUUAUAGUAAAAAAAAAGAGAAAACGUAAAUAAACAACUAUGACAUUGACGUGACAUGACAUUAGAGUUUAAUUAGUGAGGAAAAGUAAUAAAUUAAUUACUUGUUGUAAACUGUUCUUCAAAUUGUAUAAUUUUCAUUGUUGUAAUGAUAAAUUUUGAUAUUUCACAUAAUUACAAAACGUAAUUAAACACUUGAGACAAUUUUAA